AUGAAGCUCUCCUCUACAGCCCUUGUGGCAGCGAUCUCACUCGCCAGCACCGUCACCGCCAACAUUGGUCGCGGUGUUCCCGACCCCAACCACAUCCAGAACCUCUACCGCCGUGCUCGUGACAGCGGCGAAUACAACAAGCUCAUCAACAAGCGUGCCUCCCCCGCUCAAGCCGCCCUUCGCCCUCGUGCCACCACUGAGCCCGAACAGGCUAAAAUCCUCGACCCUCAACAAGAAUGCACAGCUUACAACCUUCCCGAAGUUGCUGCUCUUGCCAAAAACUUCCCUGUCCCUUGGGAAAACGCCACCAUCCUUCCUGGCGACACCGAAGCCCAAACCGUAUGGUCCAACAUCAAAGCCUCCGGUAUCAUCCCCGCCGGCAUCACACCCAAGGGUAAAGUCAAUGGAGACUUCUCCGCCUUCACCCCCACCUAUCCUCGCUCCGACCCUGACUGCUGGUGGAGCUUCAACGGUUGCGAUGACCCUAAACACCCCAACCUUUCUGAGGAUCUAAUUCAGUGCCCGGAACCCAACACUUGGGGUCUCACAUUCGAUGAUGGACCCAACUGCACCCACAAUGCCUUUUACGAUUUCUUGCAGAAGAACAACCAAAAAGCAACCAUGUUUUACAUCGGUUCCAACGUUCUCGACUGGCCUCUUGAAGCUCAGAGGGGUAUUGUCGACGGACAUCAUAUUUGCGUACACACUUGGAGUCAUCAGUACAUGACUGCUUUCCCUGACGAUCAGGUCUUUGCUGAAUUGUACUACACUGCUAAAGCGAUCAAGGAUGUUGUUGGUGUCACCCCUACUUGCUGGCGUCCUCCAUUCGGUGAUGUCGAUGACCGAGUCCGUGCUAUCGCCAAGGGUUUGGGUCUCGAAACUGUCCUCUGGACCGACGACACGGACGAUUGGAAGAUCCUCCCUCUCGGUACCCUACCCACCCCAUCCAUCGAUGCAAACUACGCUGCCAUCAUCGCCAAAGAAACACAAGGUCCCACAGCCGGCCAGGGUAACAUCGUGCUCACACACGAAAUCAACGGUCAUACAAUGGAAGAAUUCAUGAAACAAUACGCAAACAUUCAAGCCGUAUUCAAACACAUUGUUCCCCUCACAGCUUGCAAGAACCAAUCUCGUCCCUACCCGGAAAACAUCGUCUACCCUAACUUCGAACAGUAUGUUGCCGGAAACAUUAACGCUACUGGUCUGCCCAAGGGCAGCGAGAUUAAGGCUGCCGAUAACAACUACAACCCGAGCAGUGCUGUUGCGCAGAGUGAAACGGGCACUCAGAGUGCCGGCAUUGCUGGUGCGACCAGUGGUGGGAUGAGCAAAUCCGGUUCUAGCUCGGUGACGAAUGCAAGUGCUUCCAAGGCUUCACAACCAUCGAGUAAGUCUGGUGCAAUGGGAUCAGACGUGUUGGUGGUUGCUUCAAUGGUCGCUGGUGCUUUGUUGAGUGCGAUUGUUAUGCUUGCUUGA